CUGGAACGUGUCUAUGAAAUUGGGAAUCAAUUUAGGAAUGAGGGUAUUGAUUUGACACACAAUCCUGAAUUCACUACCUGUGAGUUUUACAUGGCUUAUGCAGAUUACAAUGACUUGAUGAGCCUUACUGAGCAAAUGCUUAGUGGGAUGGUGAAGGAGCUUACAGGUGGCUAUAUAAUUAAGUAUCACGCAAAUGGCAUGGAUAAAGACCCAAUCGAGAUAGACUUCACCCCACCCUUUAGAAGGAUUGAUAUGAUCGAAGAUCUAGAGAAAGUGGCAAAUCUCAGUAUACCCAAGGAUCUUGCUAGUGAUGAGGCUAACAAGUAUCUGGCGGAUGCAUGCACCAAGUUUGAGAUAAGAUGUGCCCCCCCUCAGACUACAUCUAGAUUGCUGGACAAACUUGUCGGGCACUUCCUUGAAGAGAUGUGUGUUAAUCCAACUUUUAUCAUCAACCAUCCAGAAAUAAUGAGUCCGCUCGCGAAAUGGCAUAGGUCUAAGCCUGGGUUGACUGAACGAUUUGAGCUGUUUGUCAACAAGCAUGAACUUUGCAAUGCAUACACUGAGUUGAAUGUUCCUUUUGUUCAACGUCAACGCUUUGCUGAUCAGCUUAAGGACCGGCAAUCUGGUGAUGAUGAAGCAAUGGCUUUUGAUGAAACUUUUUGCACAACACUUGAAUACGGAUUACCACCUACAACUGGAUGGGGAAUUGGUAUUGAUCGACUUGCAAUGAUUUUGACCGACUCACAAAACAUCAAGGAAGUCAUAUUCUUUCCAGCUAUGAGGCCACAAGAAGAAACUAGUAAAGAAAGCCAAAACAAAUUGAGCGAAGUGAGCGAAUAGACAAAGGCUAAAGAUGUUCAAAACCAAACCACAGAAUUGUAGUACCACCCCAGAGGCAUCAUGAUACC